GUCAUGCCGUCAACUGCAGGAAAAGACGUCAUGACGUCAGACGCACGUUCGGAAAAGAAGCGCGAGUAAACAUGAGUUGACCAGAAGCCCUACGGUGGAUUUAUUGAUUUAAUUCAUGUUACUGCGGAGUUUUAAGUGUUUAAAUCGGGAUGGCGUUGUUGAAGCCAUUUAGCAAGCUGCCGUGUUUGAAUACAGCGAACAUCUUGCUGGUGGAGAGCGAGGAACAGUUUCAGCAGAGUUUAGCUGAAACUCUGGUGGAGGAGACUGCUUUCACUGUGAAUGUGAGACUAGCCAAGAGCCUGCCUCUGCCCAAGGAGAAUGAGGAAAGUCGUCCAAGGAUAGACCUGGUGGUGUUCAUCAUCAAUCUCACCUCAGAGCUCAGUUUCCAGUCAGCAGAAGCGUCCCUGAAAAAUCUGGACCCAGGAUAUUUCCUCGGAAAAGUCUGCUUCAUGGUCACAAAUGCUCGUAACGCUUCAGUUCCCACAGAGCGCCUGGACGCUGUCAGGAAACUGGCCGCAUCGCUCCACUGCCCCAUGCUGUUUGCAGAGGAUCAGACACCGGACGGUGUGACCAAUGCUACGGAGAGGCUGCUGGCCAUCCUGAAGGUGGCUGCCGGCUUUGUUCCCAUGGCUACUGCUCUCUACCUGUCCAACCUGACUCGCAGAACGGCGCCGCCAGAUAUCGAGCAGCCGAGCUUUGACUAACUGUCUUCUCUGAGGGGAAUGUCUGUCUGAUGUUUUCAUGUAUAUAUUUAUAUGUAGUGUUUAUGUAUGUAACACAUCAGCAUGUUAUUUUCACUAAUUAUUUUACAUGACAUGUUUGUGCUCUGACUUUUAGCUGCUGCAGUAAUGGUGUGUUUUGCUUCCAGAUCACGAGAACGAGUUUCUUAACCGUCAGUUGAGUUCAAAUUUGAACAAUUGAAUAAUUUGUCUUGUGCUCCUUCCUGAUAUAGAAAGAAAGCGACAGCAGCGAUGGUUAAUGUCAUUGAUAAAACCUAAUUUCUACUGUUACAAAUCACGCUCAGCUGAGCUCUCUCUAAGCCUGACCUCUGACACUCUGAUGACUUUAGAUGAAGCAGAAGAUUCGGUAGAACAUUGACCUUUGAGCUGUAACUGUCAAUCAUCUGAUGGACUGGUUCGUCAUGGUCCUUUUUGUUCUGCAUAAUUCAGCAGUUACAGACACUCAUGGUGCACCCACACAGGUGAUUUUAGUUUUUUCGGCUGCUCUUCUGUUCGCCGGACUGUGUGGGUGUGUACAGUCUGUGCUUGAUCGACAGCUUGGUGACAUUAUAUAAUUUACAGCAUUGCUCUGUCCACCUUCAACCUGAGCAGAGGUGUAAUCAUCCAAACCGAAAACACUUGUGUGGGCGUGCAGGGCCAUGUGAUUACACUGUGCUGUGAUAUCAACACAUAUCAGGCUCCUGCUGGCCAAUAUAAACAAGAUGCUGCACAGCUCCAUUCAAAGCUGUAGUUUUACAUAAUGUCUAUAGUUAUAAUGCAGUACGCUUUUGAUGUAUUGCUUUUUUUAUGAUGCUUUAACAGGAAAACUUUAGUGUCAAACAAGGAAAUAAAAGAUGUCCAUGAUCAAUACAA